AUGCGUUCGACACUACUGCUGACGGCUGCCAUCUCACUUGUGACGACCGAUAUCUGUUUAGCCGUCGAUCCAUUGGCCCAAGAGUAUGGCGAGCUAGUGUUUUCAUCACUGCUUUAUAGACACGGUGAUCGAGCAAUUACUGAUGUAUCUUACCCAAAAGAUCCUUAUAGAAACGCAUCUUACUGGCCUAUGGGUUAUGGACAAUUGACUAAUCAAGGAAAAGAAAGACAUUACGAAUUUGGAAAAUGGAUAAGAAAUAGAUACAGUGAUUUUUUGCCUGUUCGAUAUUCAAAUGAAGAUAUAUACAUUCGUAGUACUAGUGUGGAUCGUGCUUUAAUGAGUGCUGCUGUUAAUCUAGCUGGUUUAUAUGCACCAACUGCAGAUCAAAAAUGGAACAACAAAUUAGGAACUUUAUGGCAACCAAUUCCAAUUCAUUCAAUUCCACGAGAUCUCGAUAAGUCUUUGUCUUUUGGUAGUAACUGUCCUCGGUUCACAAGAGAUUUUAAUAACCUUCAAAAUUUACCAGAAAUCCAACGAUUUAAUGAAGAUCACCAGCCUUUAUAUAAUUACCUUAAAGAAAACAGUGGCAUGAAUUUUACUGAUUUAAUUGAUGACACAUUAACUUUAUAUGAUUUAUUAUUAGUUGAGACACAAUUUAACUAUACAUUGCCCAAUUGGACCAAUUCUGUAUUCCCUGACAAAUUAAGAGAAGUUUCUGAAUUGGCUUUUCUAUUGCCAACAUAUACUCCAAUAUUGAAGAAACUAAGUUGUGGUGUAUUGCUUAAUGAAAUCGUUGAUAAUAUGAAACAAAAACGGAAUGGAACUAUGCAAACCGAUUUCAAAUUAUGGGUAUACUCAGCUCAUGAUACCAAUGUAGCUGGUUUAUUACAUUCUUUAAAUGUUUACAAUCAUAAAUUACCACCUUAUGCUGCUGCGGUGUUUGUAGAACUUCGGAAGAGUAAAAACUCAAAUAAUACUUUUGUUGUUACUGUAUCAUAUAGAAACACUUCUACUCAUGAUCCUUAUUUGCUCCAUGUUCCUGGUUGUGAUUCAAUAGCAUGCGAUCUAGACCAGUUUAUUGAUGUUGUGAAUCCAAUUCUACUUACAGACUGGUAUAAAGAAUGCCAUAAGCCUGAAGAAAAUAAUGUUUUGGCAUAUUUUGGAAUUAUUGCAGUAAUAUUGAUAGCGGUUUCAAUCAUAUUUUUUAUGUUGAACAAAAAAUAUUUCAUCUGUUAUUGUGGCAGAAAUUAUCAAAAAUUUUAA